UUUUUCUCUACUUUCUAUUUUUCGUUUUUUAUCUUGUUUGACAAUAUUUUGCUCCUUAUGUAUAAAAACUUAUAUUUUUCCAUUAUCAAGUAAUUGUGUCGCUAAUUAUAUUUCAAUUGAAUAUAUUUAUGUUACUUUGUUAAUACAGUUUUGUUUGUAGUUAUGUAAGGUAUACAUGGUGCAAGUUUCUUUCAUUUUUUUCAAAGUGUUCAGUUUGGUGAAAUCAAAACUAAAGUUUUGAAAAACAGUACGUUCUGUUUGUGUAAAAAUUAUUCUACCGUGCUUCGGUACAUUUUUUUUUUUCGUUGAUCAUUGUGUUUGAAUUGACGGACAUUAUUCACUGAUAUCAAAGUAACCUGUCGCUGGUAUUUCAAUAUCAUGGAUAAUCAGGAUAAUCUAUCGAUGGAGAAUAUCGAAGACAUUGUAGACAGAGGUGGCAAAAUGACUGGUAAAGAAUUCAUUCAAAAGUGUCAACUGCUGGAGGAUGUUGAAACAUCAAUGUAUCAUAAUAGAAAGGAAAAUGCUAGCUCAAACAUCAAGUAUCGUUAUACAAAGGAGGAUUUAUUGAAAUUAAGAACGCAUCCAUUAUCGAGUAAGCCGCCCAGUUUACAAGAAAAUUUAAAAUUUCUCCUGGGAACAUCCAAGCCUAAAGAAAGAGAAGAAAUCGACUUGAAAAAGAAUUUGGUGAAAAAGCACGGUUUAACGCGUAAUUUGGACGGUGUUGUGAAUGAGAAAUUCGAUUUGAAGAAGGACAAUCUUCGAAACGGAGAAAAACCUAUCAUCAGUCGUAAUGAAGGAAUUGAUGAAACACGAAAAUCUGCUGAUCCCAAAGAACGUAUUCGUAAGGAACAAGACAUAUGCUUGAGUCCUCAACGCAAAAGUUUUACCACUGGUUGUUACGUAGCAAAUGUCAAGAGUGAAAAUGCCGCAAAUAAUUCCAAUACUUCUAAUACCAAGACGAAUAAUGAAAACACGGGACGUGAAAAUCGAGGAAAUCACGAAACUCGAGAUAUUCGCGAGAAUCGAGACAACAGGGAUAAUAAGAACAUCCGCGAAGGAUCUCGUAGAAUAGGAAGUGGCCGCAUUGUAUCCCGUGAUCCUCGUUUUGAAAUACGAGGAUAUCCCGAAUCUGACUAUCAAUCGUCCUAUUAUGGAGGCAAAGAAUCGUAUUACGGUAACAAAGAACCUUAUUAUGGUGGCAAAGAAAAAGUAUCCACCAUUGUAUAUACUCGCCAAUUCUCGUCAAAUUUUGACAAAGAGAAAGGUAGUAAAAUUUUGGAUAGGCCAGGAAUGAACAAUUAUUAUGGUAAACGCAGAUCGCACGAUAACCGCGAUUACGAUGAAGAGGAAGAACCUGAGUGGAUGAAAGAAGGACCAGUUUCGUUAAAUGAUACUAUAGAACUAAAAGGGUUUGAUGAAACCGAAGAAAAAUCGUUUAGGUUCAAUAGAAAUUCCAGAAUCAAUACGAGAGUAUUUCAUAAAUCGUUCACGAACAACUCGAACAAUAGAUCUCCAACUGCUGCAAACAAAGGUAGAAUGGACAAGCGUAAUUCGGAUUCGGAUAAUUCCUCGGUGGCCUCUGAUUCGUUAGCUUCGAAACUCGAUGAAAAUAACUCACCUGGUAAAUCGAACAAUGACGAUGCAGAUAGACAAAAGACUGAAGAAAACACGCUAAAAAAAGAAGAGAACGACGUUAAAAAUGAUGAAAAUUCUAUGCAAUUUAAUUUAGAAGAGAUACUAAAAUUGGAUCCGCUACCAGAUAUCUCGGAGAAUGCGGACAAUGAAAGUGCGGGAUCUAAAUUCACCAAAUGGUUUAAAAAUAACGAUGCUGCAUCUUCGAGUGUGAACGGCGAUCAGAAUCUGAACAUGGCUAGAAACGGAUCAAUUCCUCCUUCCAGUUUACCUGGAGAGUUUUUGAGGACUCAAAAUGUUGCUGGUAUUAAUACUCGCACUCCAAAUAGUCAUCCAUCUGGUCCUAAUCUUCUCGAAUUACUUCGCGGUUCUCAGGAUAAUAAUGCUAACACCAAAGUGAAUAUGCGUGCUCUAGAAGCUACUGGAAAAUUACAUAGCGUUGAAGAAAUCGAAGCGAAAUUAAGAGGUACUGAGAAUAAUGCUUUUAGUAACCCGAACAGUCCUAAUGACAAGAAGAAAAAAGAAGAAGAGACUGAAGCUUUUAAAAAAUUGUUAUCUCAAGCCUUCCAUUUUGAUAAAAGUAAUAAUGAUGGAAGCUCUCCCGAUGCUGUUUUCUCUCAGAAACCCGAAAGGAAUGAGAAUACCGACGGCAACAUUGAAUUAACAUCUGUUAUGUGCAAUGGAGAAAUUCAAGCUAACGCGCAACCUCAAAUGUCACGAUUACCUCCACAAAUGAAUAACAUGCAACAAUCAGCCGAAAAGUUGAAAUUUUUACAAAUGCAACAGAAUAAACAACAGCAAGAAAUCCUUUCAAAAGUACUAAUGUCGUCUCCGUCUUCAACAACAUUUUCUGUACCUCCUCCAUCAAACGUUCGACCAUCCAACGGUGCCUCGGGCAAUACUUCAUUUCAUCACCUCGCUCCUGAAAUUCAGAUUAUGAUCAAUUCGAUACAACCUACUAGAGAAUUAAUGCAAAGGCCAGAAACUGUUAAUAUUCUCCGAGCUUUAAAAAGCGGAGAAGUAUCGCAAUAUCAAUUGAUAGAACAGCUAAAAAAAUUGACCCCAUAUCAAGCGAAAUUUCGUGAGUCUUUGUUGUGCGUCCUAAAGUUAAUCCAAAGCCAAACGCAAUAUUAUAAUUCAGCUCCGGUGUUGGGUUCCCCAGCUGGAAUUCCAUUCAAUGUUGUGCCUCCUCCUUUACCUGCUGCUCAACCGUAUACUGAAAAUAUUUUGCAACAAAUGAUGCUGAAUUCCCAAUUUCGCGUGAAUGGACCUCAUAAUGGAAUGUCAAACAUUGUUUAUCAAAGAGACUUCCCAUCGCCGAGUCAAAAUAUGUUUCAGAAUAAUACAAUCAAAAAACAUUUAGUCGAACAGUCUCCGAAUAUAGGUCAGAACGUUCCAAGAAUGAAUUCACCUACCACUAUUUUAUCAUCUCCGGCGAAUGCAUCGGUGUGUGGUAGUAAUGUUUCUAAUGCCACCAAUUCCAUGGCAUCUUCGCAAGAUGAUGCAAAUAAUGCUGUAAUCGCAAACAAGACUACAUCGUCAACUCAGUCACUUUCUUUCACUCCUACUUCUGUGCUUCGAAAAUUAUCCGCUGAAAAGGAGAAUUUGGAUACGUUUUCGAAAGAAGCCAAAGAGUCCAAAGGCGAGAAAAAUACACUUAUUCCGUAUACUUCUAAUACCAAUAAUAGCAGUACUAUGUCUUCAAAUCAAGGAACAAUUGAUCGUUAUAAUGGUUUUGGAACUUGUAUACCACCUCCGGCCAUUUCUGGUCAAUAUUUUGUCGGUAACAUGAUAAGGCCUGCGAAUACCUCAACGCAGGUGCCGAUGUUUGGCAAUCCUCCCCCACCUGUUUUGUCGAGACUUCCAGUCCCUUCAAAUUCUUCGGCAGUCCCUAGAGAUGCUAACAUAUCACUGGUAGGAUUCGGAAAUCAAACUUUAUCAUCUAGAAAUGUUCCAGUGAAUGGAACGCUGUCGUCCGCCGAAGAACAAAUGGCACGUUGGUUUUCUUCAGAUAGUGUUAAUCAAUCUCGUUAUGUUAUGGCUCAAAGCAUGGGAGUACCAGGAGCAUCAUUACAAAAUAUGAUGAGCGUUGAAGAAAUCGAACGAGUACAACAGUCUGUUCGUAAUUAAUCAAACCUGUGGUGAUUUCUCUUUUAUUUUCCUCAGUAAAGAUAAUUUUUUUUCCAUACAUCAAGGAUUAUUUUAUUUUAUAUUUAGCUUGUGUAAAGUUUUUUUUCCUUGGUAAUUUCAUUUUCCCCCUUUUUUCCACUAUGAAUAGAUUUAUGAAUGUAUUUGAAUAGAUUUUAAAUCUUUUAUGAUAGUGAACUUGUAAAUAGGGUUCGAAGCGUUAACAUUUCCAAAAACUAUCGCGGUUAUUAUUAUUUUUCUGCGUUGACGAUGUAAAUAGUAUUUUUAAUUUAUUAUUUAAAAAAUGUAGGUUUUUGUUGAAAAUUUAUGUAAAUUGUUUUUUUUUUUUUUUUAUAUAAAUUGUUCAAAAUUGAAAUUGAUUCCGACAAAAACAAACGAUAAAAUGAUGAAGUUCCUUAUGGUUUACGGAAUAUGGUAACAUAAUUUCGAUAACGUUGCGUUUUAUUUUUAAUAUUAAAACACUACAUUAUUCAUUUCUAUUUUUUUUCCAUAUAUAAAAUUUUCAUUACAUGAUUAAAAACAACGCUUCAGCGAAUCUUGUACUUCCAGUUUCAAUUUUGUUUAAUUUCUGCGUAAAUUAUUGUUUUAUGCGAAAUUUAUAAUUUUACUCUAUAGCUCUGAUUAUUUGAUUACAUGUGAUAUGUAUUUAACGAGAUGGAAUAGUAGGUAAUGAUUUAAAUGUAACACAGAUAAACAUGAGUUUCGGUUUAAUGUGCUCAGCAUGGUUUUGACCUGUAAGAUUAUAAAUAAUGAAAAUAUAAUGAAGAGACUGAUAAUUUAGAGUUAUAAUCGGAUCAGUAGAGUGUAUAGUUUCAGGAAACCCAAUUUUGCGUUUCUCUGUACUUACGUUAUAAAUUAUUUAGGUGAAAAUUGUAAAUAUUUCUAACUUUUAAGUGAUUGUAUUAUUUCAUUUUGCUUUGUUAUUAUUCUCAAUGAACGGAUAAAAAUUUCUGUA